GUUCGGAACUACCCUUACUAUUACCUGCUAAUCCUUGUCUUUUUUCUCUAUUUUCAACGCGGCAACAAGAUUUCUACUACGCCUAAUUCCAACCUAGACGCGCAAACGACGUUUUUUUCUGCCCAUUUCAACACAUUUCUUUUUACUGUUAUCCUUAAAGUGCGUUAUAUAUUUCCACCUGCGACAUACGCGACAAAAUGUCGGACCCCGCAUCUACAGAAAUCAAGAGCGACUCUGAGCCAUGGUCCGUUCUCGAAAAUCUGAUUCUCGUCCAGGCCAUCUACAAGUGCGGCGACACAAACUGGGUGGCUAUUGCCCGCACCAUCAAAGGACACCCCCAAGUCCACCGGUCAAGCAACUUCUUUUCUCAGAAGAGUUGUGCGAUUCAAUAUACCCAACUCUUGGAGAACCUGGAAGCUGAAACACGGUCAAAACAAUCACGCAACAAUGAAGUAGGAACUUCUACUACUCAAGACAUCUCAACUGUAGUAAAGCUUGCAGGACAACUUUACAAGCAGCGGAUAAUGGAGAUCAAGGCGCUCAUCCGUAAGGAUGAGGAGAGGUUCAGGGCAUUGGUUGCAGAACUGGACGAGAUUCGACAGGGUAAAUGGGACAACCAACUUGCAGAAGAACUGGAAAAGAACCCUCCAGAGCCAGAGCCAGAGCCGGAGUCAGAAGCAGCUGCAGAUAAGGCCGCCGUCUCAUUCACGGAAUUGAGUGAACAAGAACCAGAGGGCGAAACUGCGAUGGCCGACACCACAACAUCAUCAUCCCUCCUUACACCCUCAUCAACUUCGUUGUCAGAAAAACAAGAGGACGUUAGUAGGACUGCUGAUGCACCAGAGGCAGAAGUUCAAGCAUCAGUGACAUUGCAAGAGGGCAACGAGGACGAUGUAGGGGAGUUGCAGGAUGUGGAGAUGGAGGAUGUUGCAGCAACGAGUUUAGCAGCAGAGAUACCUACAGAGCCUAUUGGUGCCUCUACCUCAGCGACUGGUAGCGAGGACGUGGAUAUGGAGGAUGUCACAAGCAAGGAAUCACCAUCCGUCACAUCCGAGGACGCAGUUCAAGCAGUGUCCGACCAUAGUGUUGAUCAAUCAAAAGCAGCCGAAGAGAACCGGAAACCUGACAUCAGCCUCACGUUAGCGCCCAGUUCAACGACCUCAGCGUCCGACCUCUCACCUCCUAAAGUUAUAGAGGAGGGGGAAGAUAUUACGCCCGAAGAUGAGUCUAAGGCAACAGAGGCUAAACCUAACGAUUUAAAAGUGGCGACUAAGGACGAGGACAAGAAUGGGGAAACCAUUGAUGACGAGUCUAAGGAAAAGCAUAAGGAUGAGAGAGAGAAAGAGGGAGAGGACGACCACCCAGACCGGAAAAAGCUGCCAUCCAAAGACACUCAUGCAGAGGCGCCACCCGAGGCCGAAGAUUCAUCAAGGGAGGAAGACGAAUCCAAGAUCAAGGGAGAAGCCGCGACACCUGACGUAGAUCACGGAGAGGAUACAGCUCAAGAAGGUGGGGAGGAAGGAGCGACUAGUGCGGAUGAGGAGGAGACGGCAUCAACGACGAGAUCAGGCAGGAAACCCAAAAAGAUCAAGACUGCUGUUCCUAUCAAGCGUAAGAGACGGUCGGGUCGUGGAGGUAUCGCUGCAGAGAAUGAGGACGGCUACAACACUACAGAUAGUGAGAUGACCGACAGCGCCCAGACCAACAUGUCUGACCAGCUCAUGCGCACACAAAUGGACGACAAAAAAUGGAAGAAAAUUUUGAUGAUGAUCUGGCAGGAUAUUGCAAAUCAUCGCUACGGAGCAGUGUUUAUGCAGCCGAUCAAGGAGCAAGAUGCCCCUGGAUAUUACUACAUGAUCAAGCGGCCCAUGGAUUUGAAGAGCAUCAAGGAACGGAUCCGCGACGGUCAAAUUACGAACGCAGACGAGUUCCAUCGCGAUGUCCUCCUCAUGUUCAUGAAUGCACUGAUGUACAAUGGAGAGGACACUGAGGUGUAUCAGAUGGCGCUGGCGAUGAUGAACGAGGUGGAGUUUAUUAUCAAGAACUUCAAGAGCUCUCAGUCGUUUGCGCCUGCUCAUGUUCCUGCUGGCACUAUAGGAUCGGGCAACACAUCCAACUCAACUACGCCCACAACUCGCACAGCAGGAUCGGAACUGCUUUUUGCCGGAUCUAAUCAGCCGUCGACUCGAAAGAGGAAGAGCUCAGGACUGGAGAUGACGCCCGUAGAAUGAGCCCGCAGUUGUUGUUCGCAGUCCAAACUCUAAAUAAACGAUUGCACACUUGCGAAGCAC